CGACUCUCUCUUCUCUCUUCCUCUCCCAGCGACAGGAAAUAUGGUUGGUCAAAUGAAGUUGAUGAUUGCAGAGGAACAAAAGUUCCAAGGGAAAGCAUUGUCGCUAUCCCAUACGAAGACCGCAAUCACUACGAUAAAGGAGAAAUUCACUGAACAGCAGCUGCAAAUGUUUGAACAGAGUUGUUUUGGUCAUCUCCUACGGAUUGAGGACCUCAAGUGGACUUCUCCAAUUAUCCACGGCUUGCUGCUCAGGAAAGCUGAUCCCAAGACAGUUUCCCAACUGAACGGGAUCAAAUUCAUUGUUGGCAAUAAGGUCAUCCAAUUCACGGCGCAGCAAUUUUGCAUCGUGACAGGGCUAAGGUUUGGAAACCUUCCCUUUAUUCCGAUUCCCACUAAUGAGAACUGCUCAUUGAAACGGAAGUACUUUGCCAACGAUAAAACUGUGAACCUGUUGGAAUUAGAAAAGGCCUUUCUCAAAUGCGAUGAUGUGGACGAUGUAUUGAAGCUCGGAUUCGUAUACUUUGCUGUGUUUGUGCUGUUGGGCAAUGAAAAACAUGUCCACAUUGACAUGCGAUAUUUGAAGUUGGCGGAAGACCUUGAAGACUUUGGGAAGUAUCCAUGGGGUGCUGUGUGUUAUGUGAUAUUUGAAGUUGGCGGAAGACCUUGAAGACUUUGGGAAGUAUCCAUGGGGUGCUGUGUGUUAUGCGAAGACAAAUGCGUCACUGCUAAGGGCACUUUGUGCAGAUUACCAGCGAGUGAAAGUGCCCACAAAAACUGCAAAAAAAAAAAAUCUGGAAAGAAACCAACAACAACGGCAACUGGUAGACCAAGAGAGUACCACCUCAAAGGUUUUGCCUAUGCACUUCAGGUGAGCAAAUGUCCAUUGAUGUUGAAGUUAAAUUGCAUUUGUUUACAAUGACUGACCUUUUAUUCCUCAAACCAGAUUUGGGCGUAUAAGGUAUUUCCAGCGUUGGCUGCACUACAUUUGGUGGUGCA